AUGUCAGGUAUUCCAGAUCAUUUAUUAGAACCUAUUAGAUUUGUUAAACUUGAUUAUACCGAAUUUGAUGAUAUUUGUUCUAUUAUAUCAACCAUGUGUCAAUCAAUAUCUACAUUAUUACAAGUUUCAGAUGAUGAAGUUGUUUCAUAUCUUCAUACAUGUUUAGAGGCUUAUGUUAUUAUAAAUCAACAAGAAGUUCGUAAUCGAGCUGGUAGAUAUGAUCCUGCUAUAAGUUUUCUUCCUUCAAUAAUUCAUAUUUUUAAACUUCCCAAAUAUUUCAAAAGUGUUAUUAGAGAAAUGGCAAGACCAAUGUAUGAUAAUGAAGGUAUAUUAUAUUUACCAGAUAUACCAUCAUUAGAAAUAGAUUCAUUUGUUGAUAAUACUAAAUUAAUGAUUAGAUCUCAAAUUAUUCAAAUAUUAGGAAAUGAAUUAAAAAUUGAAUUAUUUCCAAUUGAUAUUGAAUCUAUUCAACCUAUUCAAUUUGCAGUUUAUCAUGAAAAUUCAAAUGAAAUUUUAUCAUUUGAUAAAAUCCCUCCAUUUAGAACAAGAGCUCUUAAUGCUCUUAAAAAUAUUAAAUUUGAACAAUUGGCAGUACAACAAUUUGAAGAUGGGAAAUUUGAAGCUUUAUUACAAGAUGAAUCAAUUGAAAUAGUUGAUAAUUUAAAAGAUUUAGAUAAAUUUACAAAUCCAAGUUUUGGUUUUUAUUAUAGAGAUAAGUUAGGUAAAGUACUGAUUAAUGGUGUUCCAAUGAUUAGAUCAUUACAUGGAUUCUAUAAUAAACCAAAAUCUAUCUACUCAGAAGUUAAAUUCCCAACUGAUGAUUCAAGUAAAUAUGCUAAUUCAUUAUAUUCACGUAGAACGGCAAGUGGUAGUGGAACUUCUAGUUUAAGUAGUAUAUUUAAUAGUUCACCACUACGAUAA